GCAAACCAUUGUUGCAAACUAAUACACAUAACCUUUUUUUACAGCCUAAUAUUUUCCUGAGAUUUUUUCUUUCAGAAUACGAUGAGUAGAAAAGAAUUAUUAUCAAAGAUUGGUUUACGGCAAGACGGACGACGUGCCGAAGAAUUAAGAAGAAUUCGGUGCAAAUUAGGCGUUUUUACUCAACCUGAUGGCAGUGCAUACUUGGAGCAAGGUUUAACAAAAGUUUUAGCCGCAGUUUAUGGUCCACAUCAAGUACGUGGCGGUCGCUCCAAAGCACAACACGAUGCAGCCAUAAUUAACUGUCAAUUCAGCAUGGCCGUUUUCUCAACGGGUGAACGAAAAAAGCGUCCUCGGGGCGAUAGAAAGUCUACAGAAAUUUCAAUUCACUUGCAUCAAGCAUUACUGGCAGCUGUAAAGGUUGAACUGUACCCGUGGUCCCAAAUUGAUGUUUACGUAGAAGUCUUACAUGCCGAUGGAGGGGUGUUUCCUGCUUGCGUGAAUGCCGCAACUUUAGCACUGAUUGAUGCGGGAAUUCCGUUAAAAGAAUAUGUUUGCGCUUGCACAGCUAGUUUGGCUAACAACAAUGUUGCUAUGGUGGAUAUUUCAAACCAAGAAGAAACCCUUGGUGGUCCCGUUUUAACUGUUGUAGCUUUACCUAUGUCGGCAAAAAUUGUUCACAUGGAGAUGUCUCAAAGGUUUCACUUAGACCACUUACCGAAGGUGUUAAAUUUAGCACUUCAAGGCUGUAAAGAUAUAAAGGCAAUUUUAGAUGACGUAGUACGACAGCAUGUUAAAGAUAUAGGAAGCUCAACAGGAUGGUCACAAACAAAUAGAAAACAAUAGAUUUUUAAAUAAUAAUAAAUAAUGAUAUUGUAGUAAUGUAGAAAUUUUAUUUUUAUAUAAAAUAUAAUUAUAAUUAAAAUAGUGUGACAUCAA